GCAGACUCGUCCUCUCCGACCAACAGAAGAGACUGUUUGAGAAACUGUCCAUGUACUGUGAUAAAUACGCAGAGCAGAUCCCCGUCACCUUCGUAUUGGGUUUUUACGUGACCCUGGUGGUGAACCGAUGGUGGAACCAGUUCGUUAACCUGCCCUGGCCGGACCGCCUCAUGUUCCUCAUCUCCAGCUGCGUUCAGGGUAAAGAUGAAUAUGGCCGCCUGCUGCGCCGGACGCUGGUGCGCUACGUCAACCUGACCUCGCUGCUCAUCUUCCGCUCCGUCAGCACCGCCGUCUGCAAACGCUUCCCCACCAUGGACCACGUCGUCGAGGCAGGUUUCAUGACUCCAGAGGAGAGGAAGGCGUUCGAGAAGAUCCGGUCCCCUCACCUGAAGUACUGGAUUCCCAUCGUCUGGUUCUCCAACCUGGCGUCCAAAGCCAAGCAGGAAGGACGCAUCCAGGACAGCAUCGACCUGCAGAACCUUCUCAACGAGAUGAAUCUGUUCCGGAGUUGGUGUGCGACUCUCUUCGGCUACGACUGGGUCGGGAUCCCGCUGGUCUACACCCAGGUCGUCACUCUCGCCGUCUACACUUUCUUCUUCGCUUGUCUGAUUGGUCGUCAGUUUCUCGACCCCGCUCAGCAUUACCAAGGUCACGACCUUGACCUUUACGUGCCGGUCUUCACUCUGCUGCAGUUCUUCUUCUACUCCGGCUGGCUGAAGGUAGCGGAGCAGCUGAUCAACCCGUUCGGGGAGGACGACGACGACUUUGAAGUGAACUGGAUCAUCGACAGGAACCUCCAGGUCAGCAGCCAAUCACGAAGCUCAGACACAGCGUUACGACCAUGA